AUCCCGCAGAAGCUCAUGGGGAGCCCCAGACUGGCAGCCUCAUUCCUGCCUCUCCUCCUGCUGCUCAUCAGCCUCGCUGUGUCUGCUCAGGUUGGCUGCCCCUACCUGCCGCGCUGGAGCAGCCUCUGUCUACUGGCUUCCCAUGUGAAUAAGAGUUUCACUGGCCUUCAGUGGGGCUGGUUUCCUGUCUUGGGGAAGAAGUCUAAAAGUCCUUGUAAGUUCGAAUUCUAUUGGAUGCACAGGACUCCAGCAUCCUCCCAGAGGAAGCUGCUAGGCAGCCCUUCCCUGUCUCAGGAAAACCAUCGUAGUUCCAGCCCCUUUCCAGCCAUCUUCCACAGAGGCCUACGCUCCAAAAGAACCCAGCCUUCAGCCGCAGAAUGGGUAGAACAUCUUCCUAGUGCAGGUUCACAAAGUGUGGAGGGAGGACCCGAGUUCUCCUUUGAUUUGCUGCUUGAGGCACAGGCUAUUCAGGUGACGGUUUCUCCAGGCCCAGAGGCUAGUGUGCGUCUUUGUUACCAGUGGGCACUGGAAUGUGAAGACAUGAGUAGUCCCUUCGAUACCCAGAUAAUUGUGUCUGGGGGCCACGCUGUAGAUCUGCCUUAUGAAUUCCUCUUGCCCUGCAUGUGCAUAGAGGCUUCCUACCUGCAGGAGGACACGGUGAGGCGCAAAAAGUGUCCCUUCCAGACCCAGCCUGAAGCCUAUGGUUCGGACUUCUGGAAGUCAGUACGCUUCUCUGACUACAGCCAGCACAAUCAGAUGGUCAUGGCUCUGACACUCCGCUGUCCACUGAAACUGGAGGCCUCCCUCUGCCAGAGGCAGGACCCACUCUCGCCGUGCGAAACCCUCCCCAAUGCCACAGCACAUGAGUCAGAAGGAUGGUAUGUCCUGGAGAGUGUGGACUUACACCCCCAGCUCUGCUUUAAGUUUUCUUUUGAAAACAGCAGCCAUAUUGAAUGUCCCCACCAGAGUGGCUCUCUCCCGUCCUGGUCUGUGAGCAUGGAUACCCAGGCCCAACAACUGAUUCUUCACUUUUCCUCGACGACACAUGCUACCUUCAGUGCUGCCUGGAGUAACCCAGGCUUGGGGCUGGAUUCCUUGAUGCCUCCUGUAUACAGCAUCAGCCAGACUCACGGCUCAGUCCCAGUGACGCUAGACCUCAUCAUUCCCUUCUUGAGGCCGGGGAGCUGCAUCUUGGUGUGGAGGUCGGAUGUCCAGUUUGCCUGGAAGCAUCUCUUGUGUCCUGAUGUCUCCCAUAGACACCUGGGGCUCUUGAUCCUGGCACUGCUGGGCCUCACCACUCUACUGGGCAUAGUUCUGGUCCUCCUCUACCGGCGCCUACUGUCAGGCCCGGACCAAGCACGGCCAGUUUUACUCCUGCACGCAGCGGACUCAGAGGCACAGCGGCGCCUGGUGGGAGCGUUGGCGGAACUGCUGCGGACCGCGCUGGGCGGCAAGCGCGACGUGAUCGUGGAUCUCUGGGAGGGGACGCACGUGGCUCGCGUUGGACCACUGCCAUGGCUUUGGGCGGCGCGGGAGCGUGUGGCGCGGGAGCAGGGCACCGUGCUGCUGCUGUGGAGCUGUGCAGGCCCCAGAGCCGCCUGCAGCGGCGACCUGCAAGCUGCGUCUCUUCACAGCCUGCUCUGCGCUGCUCCACGCCGGCUGCUGCUCGCCUACUUCAGUCGGCUCUGUGCCAAAGGCGACAUCCCCCGGCCGCUGCGUGCUCUGCCGCGCUACCGCCUGCUUCGUGACCUGCCGCGCCUGCUGAGGGCGCUGGAUGCUCGGCCUGCCACCCUAGCCACCAGUUGGAGCCACCCUGGGUCUAAGCAGUGCUUGCAAAGCCGCGUGGACUUGUGUCACCGGCUGGAACUUGAGGCUGCCGAAGCUGACCACCAAGGCUCAACCGAUAGCCCCUGCGGUUCCAGUUGUCUGUAG